GGUACUUUCAUACACCUUAUCGCGAUGGUCAUCCAGAAAUCCGGUUCGGUCGACACGGGGCAUGACACGAAGGAGCCGAUAGACGAGAAGCCCGCCGAUGCCGAGAUCGUCUCCGUCAUGGGCAGCGAGAACGGUGACGAGGCUUUGGAGCUUGUGGGAAAGGAGCGGACGCAACAGUUCAGCGAAGAGUACAACCGACGGCUGCGGCGCAAGCUAGACUUCAUCAUUCCACCUCUGUGUGCUGCAGUUUACUUCACACAGUUUCUGGACAAGACUUCGCUGAACUAUGCAAGCAUCAUGGGCUUCCCCAUCACCGGACAGCAGUAUAACCUUGUGUCUCUUGCGUUCUACGUGGGAUUCCUUAUCUGGGAGUUCCCUACAGUCUAUAUCUCACAGAAGCUGCGCGUGGCGAAAUAUUUGGGAUGCAACGUUGUCGUAUGGGGCAUAAUACUUAUGCUGCAAGCGUCUACAUCUUCGUUCUCAGCUUUCUUCGCUUUGCGUUUCCUCCUUGGGAUGUGCGAAUGCUGUGUAGCCCCAACAUUGAUCCUCAUAAUCUCGAUGUUCUACAAGAAAGACGAGCAAGGCGUGCGCGUGGCGUACUUCUACGUCAUGAAUGGCCUUACCCAAGUCUUCGGUGGAUUCGUCGCGUACGGAAUUUCGUUCUACUCUGGCAAGGCGAUCGCGCCGUACAAGAUCGUGUACCUCCUGCUCGGCGGUCUCGCAAUUUUGGUUGGCAUUGCGGUCAUCCUUUGGCUCCCAGACUCACCGGUGCACGCCCGCCUGCUCAGCAAGGAGGAGCGCAUCGCCGUUCUGGAACGCGUCCGUGAAGAUCAGAGUGGCACAACCAAUAAGCGCUGGAAGAAGGAUCAGAUUAUCGAGGCCGUAACGGACAUUCGGACGUGGUUGAUCGUACUUUCGACGAUGAUGACGAGUAUUCCCAAUGGCGCUCUCAGCAAUUUUAGCAACAUAAUCAUCAAGAACCUCGGCUAUAGUUCUAGACAGACGCUCAUCUUGUCAACGCCUGCAGGCGGUAUAGCAGCCGUUAUGACUUUGUUCUGUGGUUGGUACUCGGACAGAUUUAUGUCACGCAUGGUGCCCAUUGUCUUUGCGCUGGUCCCCACCAUCGUCGGAGCCGCGAUGCUGAUCGGCCUGAAUGAUUCGGGCCAGAAGGGUGUUCUCCUGUUCGCUGUUUAUCUCAUUGGCACCUUCGGAAGCGCGCUGUCCACCAUCUAUGCUUACAACGCCAGUAACACCAGUGGCCACACGAAGAAGAAUACUAUCAAUGGCAUGACCCUCGUCUCCUUCGGCCUUGGCAACAUCAUCGGCACCGAGAUCUUCCAGCCCAAAGACGCACCCAACUACAUCCCGGGAAAAAUCGCCAUCCUGGUUCUCCUCACCGUCCAGCUUUUCCUCUGCUACCUGCUCCGAGGCAUCAACCUGCACAUGAACAAGCAGAGGAAGGCGCGGCUGGAAGAGGAGAAGGCCCGCCACGGUUGGACGGAUGAAGACGUCCAGAAGGAACGUGAGCGCCACGCCUUCAUGGACCUGACCGACAAACAAAACCUGUUCUUUGUGUACACUACGUAAACUGUACUGUAGUGACUCCACC